GAGAUAAGAUAAAAUAAAAUAAAACCCUCCAAUCUCACUUCCCAUACAGUCUGAUACCUCUCCCCACUUAUUUACUCUCUUCUUCCUUGAUCUAAUUCUUUGAAGAGUUCAAUCAUAACCAAUCCACAAAGCCUCUCUAUUCAUUCCAUCACCUGUCAGCUAAUUGAAAUUGGAGAGUCUGGAGACAUGAUCUUUCAGGGAGAAGAAGCAACUGAAGUAAGAGCAGAAAAACAGCAGAGUGAAAUAGUGAUCGAUGACGAUGACAACAACAAUGGAACUGAAGAUAACAAUCCAGGAGAGUGGCUGAACCUGAGCCUAGGGAGGAAUUUGCUCUCAACAGCAGGAGACUCUGAACCACAACCAAAAACUGCUAUCAAGGUUUUUUCAUGCAACUUCUGCAUGAGAAAGUUCUUUAGUUCACAAGCAUUAGGGGGCCAUCAGAAUGCUCACAAGAGGGAAAGAGGUGCAGCCAGAAGAUACCAGUCUCAUAGGAUGAUGGCGAUGAUGGGAUUGCCUAUCAGCGCUCCCAUGUCACGAUCCCUUGGCAUUCGGCCCCAUUCACUUGUGCAAAAGCCAAGCAGAGAUGUAACUACAAUUGAAGCAAGAUUUAAUGACACCAACACAGGUUUUGGAAUGGCAUGGAUGCCCUUCACACUGGAGGAUGCAAUGGAUUCGAUGUGGCCAGGCAGCUUUCGUUUGGAUUCGCAAUUACCAGAGCCACCAUCAGAGCCACAGAAGCUUGACUUAAAUCUGCGGCUCUGACCCAUACAUCCUACCUCAGUUUGGUUUAUUUUCCACUCUUUUCUGUUGGAACGGCUUUUGAUUUUCUUCAUCCAUCAAGUACAGAAACUAACCAAGGUAGGAUCCAAAGUUCAAAGUUCAAAUACUGGUUGGUGGUUCUGCCUAAUGAAACUAGAAGAAUAACCAAGAAUUUCCUACCGCUUAUGCUGGUUGUAGCACAAGCAACCCUAAGUUAUCCCACGUUGUUGAUGCCUAAAAUAAUUCCUGGUGCAGUACACAUUACAAAGUUUUUUA